AUGCAAAUUCGUCCCGAAAUAUCAGAAAAUAGUAGUAACUCUACCAAUUCUCCAGUCUCGCCUGGACCAACCAUUUCUUCUAACGUGUCUAAUGAUGAUUCCUCAAGAGCUAUCGGCUCUUCAUCUGAUCAAUACAAUGAUUCGUCUACUUCUUCCCAGACAACAGAUGGUCAUGAUGUUAAUAGUAGUGCUACGAAUGUGAGUUUUGGCACGUUUGAUGAUUUUAUUUACUCCAUUGAAACAAAUAAUCAAUCUUCCGUCGAAGAAAAUGCUGGUUUAAAAGGCCUUAACGACAAUAUGGACAAAAAUUUUUUUGACAAAGGCAAGACAAAAUUAGAUCAAUCAAAAACAUUCUUUGAUCACGAUAACAAUUUUCCUACAUUUUAUAAUUCGAAAAUCUCCGAGACAGAAGAUUUUAAUGAUUCGUUUGAACCUAAUCAACAAAAAGACCAUUUAUUGUCAUCUGUCGAAGAAAAUGCAAUUCCAAAAAAUCUUGGUGCAAAUAUCAAUAAAAAUUUAUCUGAUAAAGAUGAAAAUUUGUCUUCCCUUGGCGAUUCAAAAGUCCCUGAACACAAUGAUUCAGAAAGUUCGGAUGAUUUGUCUAAUAACGAGUCUAAAAAUAAAAAUAAAACAUUAGAUGACCUCAAAAAAACCAAGGAAGAUAUUUUAAAGAUAAUCUCCAAACGUGAAAAUUCCUAUAAUAAUCCAAAUGAUAAUAUUAGAAGUGGACAAAAUCUUUUGGAUUAUAUUCCGGGAUUAUAUCUUUUGUUAGAUUUAAAAAAAGAUGAAGGAUCAAAUGGUCUCGUUAACAAAAUAAUUAUAUCAAAGGAAUCAUUGGAAAAGUUUUGUAAUGACUUGGCUCCUAGUAGCUUUAAAUCUGCAUCAGAUAUUAAAUAUACAGAACUAAAUAGAGUAUCAUUCCAUCUUGUUGGGUGUUAUGGGAACUAUGAAUUGAUUGCAAAGCUGUUAUUAAUUAAAAAAACUAUUAACCGAAAAAUGUAUAAAUUGCUUGUAUCUUCAAAUAAAACUGGGAGCCCCUCUCUACAUUCAGGAAUUUAUUUGUUGAUUGUGAAUGUUAAUUUAGGUCUAGUAAUUCAUUGGCCUGAACCUGGUUGUUAUGAAGAUAAUGCAACUGAUCAACUAAAAAAAAAUAUGGUUAACUUUCAUAGGUAA